AUGCUAAUGUUGAUAUUGUUUGCGGUGGCCAUCGCCGUUUUUCUGAAGUGGUUUUUGGGCAUUGAAGGCAUGAAUAACAUCAAGAAGAUCGUGGAAGGCUUGAAGAAUGGUAAACAACAUUGGUUGAGCACGCUGUUUCAGGUAUAAAAAAGUUUUUUAUUAUUUUAUGUUGUGUUUAGGUUGAAGAAAAGUGUACGAGACAUGGAGGAGAGCUGGUUGCAUCGGUUUUGAAGGUAAGAGUUGUCAUGCAUAAGAUCAUUGUGCAAUUUUUUGAAGGAAAAGGUUUUACUUUUAUAAUAAAGAGUUUAUGUAAUACUAUAAAUUUAAAAAUUAGUAAGGCUUUACUAACUUAAACUUCAAAAUGUAACGCUUCUUUUAUAAGUACCUUUAAACUAGUCUUAAAAGGGUUCUUUUGACGAUUACAUGACAAUAUUUAGGCUCAUGGUGUAGAAGAGAUCUUUACCUUGGUUGGAGGACACAUUUCACCAAUUUUGGUGUCAGCGGAAAAGCUUGGCAUCAAAGUUAUUGACACUCGACAUGAAGUUAGUGCCGUGUAUGCUGCUGACGCUGUAGCAAGACUGAAGCAAAGUAUUGGAGUCGCUGCUGUUACUGCUGGUCCAGGUAAUUUAUUUUUUAAAUACGUAUGCCAACUUUAGUAAAUCUUAGGCUUUUAUAUUCAUAAUUUUUGAUAAAAUAGCUUACAUCAAUAACAAAACUUUGAUUUUCUUUGUAAAUCUAUGUAUUUUAUGGUAUAUCUAUACGAAUAUCUUAUCACUUUAAGGCCUGACAAACACCAUAACAGCUGUGAAGAAUGCUCAAAUGGCAGAAUCGCCAAUUCUUUUGAUCGGUGGAGCAGCUCCAACUUUGCUGAAGAACCGAGGAGCUCUUCAAGACAUUGAUCAAGGCGUUUUGUUCAGACCGUUGUGCAAAUAUACGGCUAGAGUGACAAAGUUGCGUGAUAUUGUGCCUACAGUGCGCCGAGCUAUUCAAGAAGCUCAAUCUGGUACGCCUGGUCCAGUUUUUAUCGAGUUCCCGAUUGACGUUCUCUAUCCUUAUCAGUUUGUCGUCAAGGAAAUGGGAUUCACACCUAAUGCCAAAGGGUUUAAGGUAAGGAUAUUGUGGGUUUAGAUUAAUAGAGGAAAGGUGUUUUUCUUCUGAUAGCUUAUUAUAAAAGCUUUUAUUUAUCACGGGGAAAAUUUUUUGUAAAAUAUAGUAUUCUAUGGGCAAUAUAAGGUCGAUCUUGUUGCAAAUAUUGAAGUUAUAAGUGUAACACCAAGUUAUUGCAGAAGAUUUUGAACGCAUAUCUGUUCACCUACGUGUCACGUCAAUUCGGUGGAGCUUGGAAUGAACAAGAUCUUACUCCUCUUCCAAUUCAAGUACCUACGGCUACAGUUGACGAGAUUUCGAAUGUUGUUAAUGCCAUCAGAAAUGCAAAACGUCCACUUUUGUUAAUGGGGUCUCAAGCCACGUUACCUCCAGUUAGUCCAGAUCAACUUCAAGAGACUGUCAAGGUAAAAAUUUUGAAUUCUUAGUUUUUAUAGUGGAUUUUUUUUUAGUUUUUUUGAUUGAUGACUUUGUAAAUUUAUGUUGUUGUAGAAGCUAGGUAUUCCAACGUAUCUUGGUGGCAUGUGUCGUGGAUUACUUGGACGUUCAUCUCAAAUCCAGUUCAGACAAAACAGAAGAGAUGCUUUGAAGGAGGCUGAUGUUGUCGUCUUGGCUGGUAUGAUACGUUACUAUUACUGCAAUAUUUUCAAUAAAAAGGACAAUUUUUGAUAAGAAAUUACUGUAAAAACGGCCUUUGGUAGGACUAACGUACGAUAAUAUAAAAUUACGUUUUUUUAUGAUUCAGGUACGGUCUGCGACUUCAGGUUGAGCUAUGGUAAAGUAUUGUCUUCACGCUGCAAAGUUAUUGCUAUCAACAGAUGUCGUUCGCAAUUGACAAAGGUAACUAUAGCUUCUCUGCUUUAUAAUUUUUAAUUUUCGGUCUCACAUUACACUUUACUUCCAGAACCACCGUGUCUUCUGGAACGCCCACCAACUGAUCCAAGCUGAUGUUGGCCAAACUCUAGUCCAAAUCCAACAAGGCCUUGGAGAUGAAUACUCAGCUCCAGAAGACUGGAUCCAAUCCCUGACGGACCGAGAAAACGAAAAAGAAUCCUCGAAUGCAUCAAAAAUGGCAGAAGUUCUAAAGGACGGGAAUCUGAAUCCAUUGGCGCUUCUGAAGAACCUCGACGACGUGCUACCGGACGACGCUAUUCUUGUAGCAGAUGGUGGAGACUUUGUUGGCAGUGCGGCUUAUAUUGUCAGACCACGAGGACCACUUCAAUGGCUGGAUCCUGGAGCUUUUGGUACACUUGGGGUUGGUGGAGGAUUUGCUUUGGGAGCGAAGACCGUGUACCCAGGUCGACCGGUUAUUAUCAUCUAUGGCGAUGGAUCUGCUGGGUGGGUUUAGUAUUAUUUAUUUUGGAGUUUUUGUGAUAAGGAAGUUUUUUUUUAUUUUUAGCUUUUUUUACGAGUCAUAACCUUUUUCUGCUAUUUUUAGAUACUCCUUGCUUGAAUUUGACACAUAUCAACGUCACAAACUACCAGUACUUGCUGUUAUUGGCAACGAUGCUUGUUGGUCUCAAAUCGCCAGAGAUCAAGUACCAUGGUUCAAUUCGUCUGUUGCUUGUGACUUGGCUGUAAGUUUUUUGCAUUUACUUGGUAUAUUAGCUGUUCAAAUAAUUUUGUGCUCUCUGUCAAAAUAAGUUUUCGAGGUUAUGGCACAGACUUAUUUGAACAACGUAAUACAUUGCAAGUCAUGUUAAAAGGCAUGUAAUUCUUUACUAUAUUUCAGUUUACAAACUACGAGAAGAUUGGCGAAGCUAUCGGAGCCAAAGGAAUCCUCUUGGAUUCAGAAUCCGAUACCAAAACUCAAUCAGAAUCCUUCCGUGAAGCCAUCGAUGAAUCAAGAAAUAAUUCAAGUUACGUCAUCAAUGCCAUGAUUGGAAAGACUGAUUUCAGAAAGGGCAGUAUCAGCGUUUAA